AUGUCAACACCAGAGGCUCUGAUCCAGCAUCCACCCGCUAUGAGAGUUGGUGGGCGCCGUCUGUCGACUACCACACGCCCUAAACCACAAUCCUCCACGGAGACCAAGUCGCCCUCGCCGCCCGCUGAGGCGCCCAACUACCCGCGCCCGGCACCGCCAGGCGAGCAACCGCCCCCACACGACCCGCAAGAAGACGAGGUGCCCAAGAAGGAGCGUAAGAAGGGUGGUGGCGGCGACGAGCACGAGCGCCGUCUUCAAGAGAGCCUCUACCGCAAGGCUGAGCAGAACCGGCCAAGCCGCGACGGGCACACCGCGAAGAAUGUGAACGCGGUCGGCGGCGGUGGCAGGAUCGGGCAGCCCGCGGGUCGCACGCUGAUGUGA